CAACCUCCUUGACCCCGUAGCCUACAGAGUGGCCGUGUCCGGAGUACCGGCUCCGAUCCCCCACUCUCACCCGUUCGGACGUCGCCGUAGCCUAGCACGAACUCGACCCCGGCACUUCGUACGCAGCGGCACAACUCACCUGCACAACGAGGGGCAGGCUUUUCUGCCAGCGGUGGCAGGGGUUAAAAUGGAGGCAGUCCAGGCCAUCCUGAAGCGCGACGCCGUGUUCCCGAAUUGGUCGCAGACGCCGAUCCCGGGGGUCCAGAUCUCGGCGUCGGGACUCCUCGCGCUCGCAGACCUCGGCACCAUCGCACAGCGGACCCGAAUUGCCGGUGGGGCCUCCUGGCUCGACGCACUGCUUCUCGCACCCGGCCUACACUACCAACAGGCGGCUGACGAGCUCGCGGGCCGUGGCAGCGAUGGCAGAGGCGACGACGGCGGUCGUCGUAAUGGCGGGGUUGACACCUACAGCGCCGUCGAGCUUUACGGCGGCCGCACCUCCACGCACGACAUCGCCAACAGCGCCACGCGCCGCUAUCUGGAGCGCGUCGGCCUGCCUGGCCGCACUGUCACCGUCGACGUAGGCAUGCCUCCCGACCGCAGUCGCCACUGGCGACGCCGGGCGACGCGCCGGCCGGGCGCCGGCCAGCGAGCUACUAUCUGGCAGGAUCAGAGCGCUGACCUGGGCCGGCUCUCGCAUCUGCUAUACCUCGCGAGCCCUGUGCUGACAGUGGCCGCCUUCGUGCUCAUGAUAUUGCUCCAGGAAUGGUGGGGUGUAGCUUCUCUCUUAGCUCUCAUGCUCUCCCGCAUCCUCAAUAUCUGGGUGAUCAAGCAGCGCUCCCAGCCAGAGCCACCCGCAUCACAGCCGAAGCCAUCACCGCCGGCGUCGCCGACCCCGUCGUCACCGUUUCCAUCGCCGAAGGAGCCGGAACCUGGCAACUUGCUUACGGAGUACAUCGUGGACUUGGGCCACGGGCGGUCGGUGUGUCUGCGCGGGAUGGCGGAGGAUCUGCAGGCGAUCACGGCGACUACGUGGCUGCGCGCCAAGACGCAUGUCGAGGGAUACCUCGAGGCGGCGGCGAAGCUGACCGUGUACAUGGUCGCCGCAUUCAGCGGCAACAUGACGCAGGCCGGCUCCGUCGUAUUCAUGGUGCUGCUGCUCGUCACCGCGGGGAUGCUCGGCCUCAGCAACGCCCACGCCAAGACCUUCAGCAUGCGCGGGCGCCUCGCCGCGCCCACGGUCGACCACUUGCCGCUGCGCCGCCGUGGCGGCGACGGCCGCGGCGACGGCGGUGGUGUUGCGAACGGGAGCGGCGUCUUCAGGCGCGGCGUCGUCCUGCCCUACCCCGACAGCAGCGGCGGCGACAGCACGUCCUGGCCCGCGACGCGCGCGUCGAGCGGCCUCACCGGCCUCGACGACUUCGCCGAGAAGGGCCAGAUGGGCAGCGCGGUGCUGCACGACCGGUAUCCCUUCGAAGACCAGGGGGACUUCAACUGAGGGCGGGGGGGUGCAUAUGCGCGCGUGCGAAAGAGGAAG